AUCAAUUCCACUCCUGAGAACGUUUCUAAACUAGGCAAACAAAGGGACCAUGUGUCCAGUGCUGCCCACACAGUUGCUGCGUACUUGGCAGCGCGCCGGUCAGUGGUGUGCUUUUUCGCCGCUGCAGUGACUGGCGUAGCCUCAGUUCUGCUGUUCUUCAAGGGCAACACG